AUGGCAAAACAUACCCCAGUCCCAAAUGGGAUGACGUCAUUCUGGAGGACAGAGCCUCACUUUCUAGACAGCCAUCGAUCUACCGAAACUCUCCCUAGGGAAUGCGAUAUCGUUGUUAUAGGAGCCGGAUAUGCAGGAACUUCUGUCGUGCACCAUAUCCUCGACCAAGUUAGCCCCGGGUCGAAGCCGCCUUCGAUUGUGAUUUUGGAGGCGCGACAGGCUUGUUCUGGUGCCACUGGUCGAAAUGGAGGACACAUGAAACCUGAUGUUUAUAAUGGCAUCGCUGGCUUGGCCGCUGAUCAUGGCGUCGAGGCUGCUGCUGAGGUUGCAGCCUUCGAGGCUAAACAUGUUUCAUUUCUCAAGGAGUUCAUCGGCAGAGAAAAUAUAGACUGUGACUACUCGGUUACAAAAGCUAUCGAUGUUCAGCUGUCUCGGAGUCAUAGUGCAACUCUCAAGAAGGGGUAUGAGGCAUUGAUCGAGAAAGGGUGUGAAGCAACAAAAAAGGCAGAAUAUAUCCCCGGCAACGAGGCAGAGAAGUUCUCCGGAGUCAAAGGUGCGCAAGCCUGUUUCACAUAUGAUGCCGGUCACAUUUGGCCAUACAAAUUCGUGCUGCACCUUUUGGAAAAAGCAAUUGCGCAAGGUGUAAAUCUACAGACGCACACGCCGGUAACUGGGAUGACACACUCCAAUAACUCGACAUCGAGUUAUCUUUGGACAGUGAAUACUGCCCGAGGUUCCAUUUCCGCCAAGACGGUGGUGUUAGCAACAAAUGCCUAUACCUCAUCUUUGGCCCCUCAAUAUAAGGAGAAAAUUAUCCCCGUGCGAGGAACAUGCAGUCGAAUCAUUGUUCCUGCAGGUACCACCGCCCCUCGUCUGACUAAUACCUAUACCUUGCGCUGGAACAAUUGGAAUUAUGACUACCUCAUCCCACGGGCCGAUGGGAGUAUAGUCGUUGGCGGUGCUCGCCCAGCUUUCAUCAAUGAUCUGGGCAGCUGGUACAAUGUCAGUGAUGACAGCCUAGUACUGGAGCCUGCUGUUCGAUAUUGGGAUAAUUAUAUGCAGCGUAACUUUGUCGGUUGGGAGAAUAGCCACGCUUACACGGACAGAGUAUGGACAGGUAUUAUGGGGUACUCGUCAGAUGGGCUACCGCAUGUCGGUCUUGUCCCAGGACAGAAGGAUCAGUACAUCAUCGCUGGGUUCACGGGGCAUGGAAUGCCACAGAUCUUCCUAGCAGCUGAGGGCUUGGCAAAAAUGGUACUCAAGGAUGUCGGUUUUGCGCAAACUGGACUCCCGAAGUUGUUCGAGUCUACUCAGUCCCGGCUUGAUAGUCGUCAGAACAAAAUAUUCGCUAGCACCCCGGGGGCUGAGAAAGCGCAAGCAAGACUAUGA